AUGACCUUUGAAAAGGUUCUUUACAAAUAUGAAGAACCACACGGGACAGGCGACGUAUAUUUUAUUUGGCAAAAAGGAGAGACCGGUUCUUUACUGGCCACUACCGGCUCCGAUGGAACAGUAGCUUUAUAUAGCCGUGAAGGUGAACUAAUUGAACGAAUUCUUUUAUCCAGCCUUUGCUCUGGUUUUGCCUGGAAUAAUGAUGGCGACAUAUUAGGUAUUAUUACGGCCACAUCGCCCCUUAUUACGUUGUGGGAAGUAGCAACACAACAGCAAAGCACGAUAGAGUCGGGUCUCAAGGAUCCUCUGUCCUGCAUACUUUGGUCUAAGCAGGAGAAGCUACUGGCAGUUGGUACUACUCGUGGCAAUUUGGCAAUUUACAACCAUGGCUCGGGCAGAAGAAUACCAGUUUUGGGCAAACAUUCUAAACGCAUCAGUUGCGGUGCUUGGUCCGCGCAAAAUCUAUUGGCUCUGGGGUCGGACGACAAAACUUUCUCUUUGAAUAAUGAAGAGGGCGAUACUGUACGCAUCGUGCAAUUGCGCGAUGUGCCGAGCGAUAUGUAUUUUGCCGAAAUGAAUAAUAAAGAUCAGCUCGGAGGUGAGAAUGCCGUUAGUAUGAUAAUCGGUAAACGCACUUUAUAUUUAUAUUAUCUGCCUGAACCGGAAUCUCCCACCGAAUUGGGAUUCCAAAGCCGUUAUGGGUCGUUGUUGCAGCACAAAUGGUUUGGUCAAGGUUAUAUAUUAUUGGGUUUUUCCAAUGGACAUGUUGUAGCCAUUUCCACUCAUCCUAAAGAUAUUGGCCAGGAAUUAUGGCAAGUGAAGAAUCAUAAAGAACUAUUAACCGGUCUCGCUUAUUGUCCUAUGCUGGAGAUAGUAGCGUCUUGUGGCGAUAAUACAAUCAAAGUUCAUUCCAUUACUAACUUGCAUGAAACGGAAAAAAUUAUAACAAUACCAGAUCAUUCGGGUGUACAAAUGAUAGAUUGGUCCGGUGACGGACAACUAUUGGCAGUGACAACUACAAGUGGCUCAGUGUACAUUUAUGUCACAAAAUUGCAAAUACUAUAUGCAGUGUCAGCUCCAAGAGUUGCUAUUCUGAGCAGCUUGGCUGAGGUUGCAAUUUAUGCUUACUCACCGGAAAAGCCAAAACCCAUUCCAUAUCGCCAGCGAUUAGAAAAUGAACCCACUUUCUUGGCUAUAGGCCCUUACCAUUUGGUGGCUGGAUUAGAUCGCCAUGCAUGGUUUUAUGAUCUUGGAAAGAUGCUAGGAGACAAACCGGAAUUAUUAACCGAACGCGAUUUUUCUAAUCCAAUACAAGACAUCCGAUUGAAUGCGGAUUACUGCGCUGUGCUUUCCCCACCUAUAUUAAUUUUGCAAGCCAUAGUUACGGAUAAUCCCAACGUUAAAGAUAAACUAAUGCAAACUUUUCCGAAUGCUUUGCCCACCUUAAAUGAUGCAAUCAUAACUUGUUUUGGAUUAACACAAGAGUACCUGAUAUUCGCAACAGAUAUAGGGCACUUGAUCUAUUUCUCCUUGGAGAAAUGGGAAAUAUGCACAACAUAUCGUCACAAUAUGGGUAUUAAGAAAUUAUUCGCUGAUAACGAAGGUACGAAACUGAUAUUCAUAGACGAUCACGAGCAGGGUUAUGUAUUUUUACCGGCCUUGGAAGAAUGCGUUAUCGUUAAUGAUUUUCCUAAGAAAUGUGAUAUUUGUCUAUGGGAUUUGGCUCAACCCAAUCUCUUUAUAAGUUGUGAAGGCAAAGUGGUAACAACGCACGUUUUUAUACGCUACUCAGUGACGGGGAAAUAUACACUGAAAGCUGGUGAAACUAAAUUGCAAGCUUCACAAGUGCCUUUGUUGCUGUUUGACGGUGAAAUGGUUCUAUACAUUGACGGCGGUCAAUAUGCAGUACAAUCAUUAACCACCCAUUUGGUGUUGGCUGGUAUCGGUGCUACGUGUAAUCUUAAAAAUUUUCUAAAUAUUCGUAAAUACAAUGAAGCUUUUAAAGUUUGUGAGAAAAUUAAUCUGAAAGGAUCCUGGCUUGAAUACGGCCGACAGGCAUUAGCCGAUUUGGAACCAAUUUAUGCUUUAAGAGCUUAUCGUAAAAUAGGUGAUGUGGCAAUGGUUAACGCAUUGGAGGAUAUACGAUAUAUGGAAGAUGUGAAUUUGCUGAGCGGAUUUUGUUGUUUAUUAUUAGAAAAAUAUGAAGAAGCCAAAGAAUUUUUCUUAAAAGGUUCUUAUACCAAAGAUGCCUUAGAUAUAUGUCGCGAUCUCUUACAGUGGGAGCAAGCGCUCAUACUUGCCUACAAAAAUGAACCUGAUCAGGUGCCUUUCAUAUCACGGGAAUACGCCCAACAAUUGGAAUAUAAUGGUAACUAUGCCGAUGCUUUAUACCAUUACGAAAAAGGUUUUAAAGAGGAUUCCUUCGACGCUAUGGAAUAUCAAGAACUACUCAAUUCUUCACCAGAGUACGAGGAACAUGUCCGUUUGUGCAAAAUGGGUAUUGCAAGAACGUCAAUACGUGCGGGCGAUUUUCGAAGAGGUAUUCAGUAUGCGACUGAAUUGAAUGAUGAACAAUUGUUUUGUGACUGUGCUGAAUUGCUAGUCACUGUCGGUCAUUUGACGGAAGCAGCCAAUCUUUAUGAGCGCGGUAAAUAUUACGACGAAGCUUGUGGCCUUUACAUAUCGUUAAAGAUGUGGCAUAAAGCGAAUCAGAUAUUGCCUCAAGUGAAAAGUACCAAGCUGCAUGCCACUUAUGCGAAAGCCAAAGAAUCUGAUGGGCGAUUUCAAGAAGCUAUCGAUAGCUAUCGUAUCGCUGGUGACUUGGAUGCUUGUGUGCGUAUUUACUUGGACAAUUUAUGUGAUCCUCAUACGGCAUCCGAAAUCGUUCUGGAGUCUCGUUCUGUGGAAAGCGCCCAGUUACUGGCGAAGUUCUAUCAAAAAAUCGGAGAUAUAGACCAGGCUCUGCACAUUCUUGUGCUUUGCGGUUGUGUAGAAGAAGCUUUCGCUCUGGCUCAACGCCAUAACAAAUUAAAACUCCAUGGCGAACUGUUGGAACGUUAUCAAAAUGCCAAAUCAAGUGAUUAUCUAGCAUUGGCUCAGUAUUUUGAAAGUGAAAAAUAUACUUUGCUGGCAGGCAAAUAUUAUUUCUUGGCCAGAGAGUUUACGAAAGCUUUGAGAUUUUUAUUGAAGGCAAGUGCUUUUAAUAACGAAGAGUCACAGGCUUUAUCGACGGCUAUAGACUGCGUUGCCACGUCCAACAAUGAAAAUUUGGCAACUCAGCUAAUAGAGUUUCUUUUAGGCGAAGUGGAUGGUUCACCGAAAGAUCCGCGUUAUUUAUUCCGAUUGUAUAUGGCUAGGCGGCACUAUAAGGAUGCGGCAAAAACGGCUGUAAUUAUAGCAAAUCAAGAACAAUUGACGGGCAACUAUAAAAUUGCACGCGAUCUAUUAUUUUCUAUGUAUCAAGAAUUGCGGCGCAAUAAUUUGGCGGUAACAUCCGAAAUGAGGCACAAUCUCAUUCUCUUGCACCGCUACACGCUGGUACGCAUCCACAUUAAGUUGGGAAAUCAUUUGCUGGCUGCAAAAUUGCUUGUCCAAGUGGCUAAUAAUGUAUCACAAUUCCCCGAACAUGUGAUACCGAUAUUGACGUCUACGGUUAUUGAAUGUCAUCGUUCCGGUUUAAAAAAGUCAGCCUUCAUGUACGCCUCUACACUUAUGCGGCCUGAGUAUCGUAAUAAUCUGGAUGACCGCUAUGCGAAAAAAAUUGAAUCUAUCGUACGUAAAGCUCCAAAAGGUAUUAAAAAUUUUCGCGAUGAAAUCGAUGAUGAGACAAUGGAAUGUCCUAUAUGCGAUACAAAUUUACCCAAUAUGGAAGUUACCUGUUUCAGCUGCAAGACAACUCUGCCAAUUUGCAUCGCUACCGGCCAACACAUUAUAAAGCAACAUAUGACUUCAUGUCCUGCCUGUGAUUUCCCUUGCUUUCGGGCCGAAAUGGAAAAAAUACUAUCUGAACUUAACGAAUGCCCGAUGUGCGGCGAGCAAGUUAAUCCCGAAAGUUUACUGGAUGUCGAAGAUAUACGUCCUUAUAUUUUGGCUUCAUCGUAGUUAUUGUAUAUUAUUUUUAUUUAUUUAUUUAUUUUUUUUUUUUUAGACAAAUGUCACUCAAUUGCAAUUCUAAACCAAAUACUAUUUUUAAUUUUAAGGCAUAUUUAAAUGUAGGAAAAUCAAUUUUAUUGUCUAUCUAAUUUCCUUAGCUUCAUUGAGAUACUUUAAUCCUAUCUUAACUUGUCAUAGACAUAAGUUUGAAAGCCAACUUUCUUUCAAUUAAGUCAUCUAUAAAAAAAAAUUAAAUUAAAUCAAU